UACACGAGGGUGCGUCUCCGGUUAGGCUAAUCUACACAACAUGGGCGGGUGCACAUCGAAGGAUACCACCUCGGCCGACGAUAAAAAGGAAAGCAAUAACAUGGUCGACCAAGCAGUAUUGGAUAAAUUGGAAGCUGGCUAUGCCAAGCUUGCCGCUUCCGAUAGCAAAUCGUUAUUGAAGAAACAUUUAACGAAAGAAGUAUUCGAUCAACUUAAAACGAAAAAAACAUCUUUUGGUUCAACCCUAUUGGAUGUGAUCCAAUCUGGAUUAGAGAAUCAUGAUUCUGGCGUUGGUAUUUAUGCUCCUGACGCCGAAGCCUACACCGUUUUUGCUGAUCUCUUUGAUCCCAUCAUUGAUGAUUAUCAUGGCGGUUUUAAAAAAACCGAUAAACAUCCUCCCAAGGAUUUUGGAGAUGUUGAUUCUUUGGGAAAUCUUGACCCGGCUGGUGAAUUCAUUGUUUCCACCCGUGUCAGAUGUGGACGUUCAUUGGACGGUUAUCCCUUCAAUCCUUGCUUAACUGAAGCUCAAUACAAAGAAAUGGAAGAGAAAGUAUCCAGCACUCUAUCUGGUUUGGAAGGCGAAUUGAAAGGAACUUUCUAUCCAUUAACCGGCAUGAGCAAAGAAGUCCAACAGAAAUUGAUUGAUGAUCAUUUCCUUUUCAAAGAGGGUGAUCGUUUCCUUCAAACUGCCAACGCGUGCCGUUUCUGGCCAACCGGUCGUGGUAUUUUCCACAACGAUGCUAAGACCUUCCUCGUAUGGUGUAACGAAGAAGAUCAUCUUCGUAUUAUCUCCAUGCAAAUGGGUGGUGAUCUUGGACAGGUAUAUAGACGUCUCGUAACUGCCGUUAACGACAUCGAGAAACGACUUCCAUUUUCCCAUAACGAUCGUUUCGGCUUCUUAACAUUCUGCCCAACGAAUCUUGGUACAACGGUUCGUGCAUCCGUACACAUCAAAGUACCCAAGUUGGCAGCCAACAAGGAAAAACUUGAAUCUGUAGCUGCCCAAUACAAUCUUCAAGUACGUGGUACUCGCGGUGAACACACUGAAGCCGAGGGUGGAAUUUAUGAUAUUUCCAACAAGCGUCGUCUUGGUUUGACUGAAUACCAGGCUGUUAAGGAGAUGCACGAUGGUAUUGCCGAAUUGAUCAAGAUUGAGAAGGAACUUUAAAUGAAUAAUUCAAAUCAAUACAAAAAGUAUAAAAAAAAAAAAAA